AUGGCGGGCUUAGCGUCGCCUUCGAGCUCGAAGGAUCUCUGCGAAAGAUUCAAGGACAAAUUGGCCACCGAGUGGAAACGUGAAGCAGCGUGCGGAGCUGAGUACAAAGACAAACAGUUCUUCAUCGACACCGAUCGACUGACGAAAUGGAUGUUGCGACAAGACACAGACAAAAGGUCAACCCACGCAGCCAUACUCCUCCUUGAAGCUUAUCAUCGCAAUCAUCGAGAGAUCUUCCAACCUGCGUUCUCAAACCUAAUAUUCACCGGAGACAAUCGCUGCAUUCUCGUCUUCAGCAUACUCCUGACCCUGGAUAAAGGCGAUCUAGUGGACAUAUUCCAGAAAGCCAAGAUCGUUGACAAGAAUCUCGAGUUUGCCCACACAUUCUACAAAGAGCUCGAAGAGGAUCUGAAGAUGAAGAACAUCCAAGAUGCGGCGCGGAUCAUCACCGAAUUCGAGAAAGCAAAAUGGUCCUACUGUCCCGCUCCUGUCAGGAUGGACAUGGAGGAGAAAUUCCAUGGAGGAAAAUGGAUACUACCAUUCUGCAGACGUCAAAGUAUCAACACCAAAGGCGGUACCGCAGAAGUCUAUCAAGUGUCGCUGCAAGAGGAUCUUGUUCCGGAUGAUAUGAAGAAGGUCAUAUGGCGUUCGAAGUACGUGGACAAGGACUACGGAGUCUGCUACAGACUCGCUUUGAAAUCAUUUGCUUUCCGGAAUCAACACUUCUAUACAUGGGAAAGAAAUGCAUUUCUCGGCAUCCGGGGCAAAAAGGGAAUGGUUCAAUACCUUGGCGAUUUCUCCUUCGACGGCGCACCCUACGAUCCAACUUCACGGACCCACAACAUCUUGCUCGAAUACGGAGAUCAGGAUCUCGACGAAUACUUCGCUGACGAGGAAUCAUACCCUCCUGUGCUAACGACCGAAAUUACUGUAUUUUGGAAAUCCUUGUUCAAAGUCGCAGAUGCUAUAAGCACAAUCCAUACCCUUCCCUUCCGCUACGAAGAUGGCAGCAUUGAGCUUUAUCAUGGAUGGCAUGCCGACGUCAAGCCUGAUAACAUAUUGAGAGUACACGGCGAAUUCAAAUUAGCAGACUUUGGUUUCGCAAAGUUCAAGCGCAAAGGCGAGACCGUUCCGACAGAGGUCAUCGAGGGCGGAACUCAAACAUAUGGCUCCCCAGAAUGUGAUCAAGGUCGGGUCAGGGCAGGCACUAUCACUCCAGUGACCCAAACUAUUGACACUUGGUCCUAUGGGUGUGUUCUAUCCAUCACGGCAACGUGGGUUGUCCUUGGCUUCCAAGGCGUGCGCCAAUUCGAGGCUUUCAGGAUGCGGGCGAUCAAGAAGUUGAAAAAACAAAACGCGAAAGAUCGAUCAAUCAGCACACCCACUGCGGACGAUGCAUUUCAUGAUGGCAAAGAACCGUUGCCAGAGGUCCUCGAGUGGCACAACUAUCUCCGAGGUCACCUCCGCUGCUCAGAUACGGUAACGCCACGUGUGUUGAACCUCGUGGAUGAAGCUAUGCUUCUUGCCAACCCUCGUAGGCGUAUAACAUCUGAGAAACUUUGUAAGAGACUUGAAGACAUAUUGAUCGUGUGUGAAGACGAGCGGAGUAAGAGGAACCCAGCAAUGGAUCCUGAUAAGAGCGUUCUAGAAGCGCUUCUAGAGUACGAAAAGAAACCAAGGCAAACGAACACUGCUCGUCGAUCGUACACAACCCGAACGCCGAGUGGCACCAACACGGACAGUCGAGGAUCUUCGCUACGUACAUCGGGAGACCGGCAAUACCGGAAAUCAAAACGUGUUGGCAAAUUUGAGAAACUGGACAACGUGCCACAUGCACAAACAGCUGGCCGCGCGGAAAUGCUCGAAGAAGAACUGGAACAACUGAAGGCGCCUUCGAUUGUGGUACAGACUCGCAACGAUGCCCCUAGCCUUCCAUCCAACGAAGCCCCUAAGUUGGAACUAGACACCGUUUAUGAAAACGGUUAUCGGGACCUUUCACCUGACCCAACGAGGCCACGUCGAAGGAGCCGAUACUCCGAACGCAGACAAAGCCCAUCCAAGCCGAUGGGACACACUUCAGUGGCUUUCGAUCUUCCGACUGUGCCCACUGCUAGUCAUACAGUUGGACAGGAUUCUCUUUACGAUAGUCCGCUUGAACAUGACGAAGACAUGCCUGGCCAUACACCAUACCGAGGACGACAGCCUAUACCGCGAAAUCCUGGCUUGGUGCGAAACUUAUCGCAAGGCUCUACGGCCGAACCUAAGGAAGAUCGGCUGGACGCUCCUGGCGUAUCUAAGAACCACGCCACACACCCAGAGCCACGUUCCGCGGAGACCUCGACUAUCAAAGUUGAAGACUCUUCUCGUUAUGCCGUCCCAACUGAGAAGCCGGAUGCAAGUCCAGGAAGUACUCAGCGACAAGUUCAGCAAGAUUCCGUUGGCCGAACCCCAUUCGGCGCGACUAAAAGCCCCGUUGUGGAUCCCGCUUCAGUUCAAGCCAGCGGGCAGAACUCUUUCCCGCCUGUUUCGCUACAGCCACACGCAGUAGUUGAAGAGCUUGAGACGCAAAUAGAUCAGAGUGGCAACGAGACGCCUCAGUCUCAGCCUAGUGCCCUCGACAGUGCCAGUGAUGGGCAUUUCAAAGUGAAACCGCGCCAAGAGGAACCUACUCCAUCAAUACGGCAUGAUGAUACUACCAAUAUCCCACCGCCACUGUUGCCCGACCUGAACGGGGUAUCGAUGGAUGCAGACAUGAGCUACCUAGAUUACGGCACAUCUGCGCCGUUCCCUCAUCCCGAGCAAGAUGAAGUAGCAGACGAAGACGAGGGCACCAAUGGCGCUGGUCAGAACACUGUCCCCCCCGUAAUGCUUUCGGUCCCUUCAGCUUCACCUACUGAAAUCGACCCAUCAUUCGAUAUUUAUCAAGUACGGCAAGAACUCGACAAAAUCUGGCCAACGGGGAUGGGUGCUAAGCUUUUGUCUUUCGCGGGAUUGACCCCAACUAAGAAAGACUCCAUUCUGAAGCUUUACAUCAAGAAUCGAGACAUUAAAUUCGUUGUGGACAACGGAACCACCAUGCUUCCCUUCUGGGAUGUGGCAACGUUUGUGAUUGAGACGUUGACGAUGAAAUUAGCAGGUUUGGAUGAUGAUGGUCUGGAUCUCGUAUGCACUCUUGGUGAUAUCAGUUUGGAAAACGAGAAGGGCCUCCAUGCACCGAGUAACUUCAGAAAUGCCAUGAAUCGCGCCCGCCCUUCCAGCGACGGUGACGAGAAGACGGACAUGCGAGAGACUCUGGAGGACAUUUUUGAGGAUUAUCUCACGAGCAGAAAGGCAGCAAAAGACAGGAAAAUGACAUUGAUCGUGCUCACUGAUGGCAUUUGGAAGGGCUCGGUACCUCCGGAAAGUGUGGGAGCAAAGAUUGAAGAGUUCGUGAAGCAGCUCCAUACCUUGAAAGACCGCGCUUUCAGUAUCCAGUUCAUUCGGUUUGGCGACGACGAAGAAGCAAUCGAAAGACUCAGACGACUCGAUGAUGACCUGCCUAAAAAGCCUGGCAUGCGCGAUAUCAUUGAUACUGUCCCGUGGACGGGCAAGGUCCGUAAGAUGAUCAUUGGAAGCUUCAAUGCUGCCGAAGAUGCGGAAGGCGGGAUACUUCAACAUCGUGGUUCGCCCAGUUUGUCUACCCCGGACCCUCCCAUGUCUAUGAAUAGGACAAGUACGGACUUGUCUCGCCACAAGCCCAAGAGACUGUCAAGGGUGUCUUCCAUGUUCAACAAACGCGAAGGGUCAGAGUGA